GCGCAGCCCGCGACGGUCGUGUACAACUACGUAAACCCGCUGACGGGCGAGCGUAUUGUCUCCCUGCUCCCCCCCGACCAUCCGCAGAUGAUCUGCUUACAGCAGGGCGGGCACGUCACCACCUCCAAGUUCGGCUUCCUCGGUAUUCUCGCUGCUAUCUUAUGGUUCCCACUUGGAGUCGGCCUCUGCCUGCUUGACCGGAAGGUGUACUGCAGGCGAUGCGGCGUCAUUCUUGAUGACGGCAUGUGUUGA